CUUCCGCCGAAAAUUAGGUAGGUUGCUAAAAAUGUAAUACCUUUACCCUUUGAAUUUAUGUAUUUAUUGUAGUGAUAAAUUUUAUCCAACUAGAUAAGGCCUUGAGUUUUUUUGCUGAAGUAGUUUAAACAUAAAUAUACAAGGAAACCCGCGGGAGACCUUAUCCCGUAGACAAAACUCUCACGAUUUCUGCAGUCUCAAUUGACAAAAGAUGCUUUGCGAAGUAGGCCACGUUAGGAUGAUUAAAACAUACUAUUAACAACUAAUCCGACCUGACUCGUCACUAGAACGAAGUUGAAUUAUGUAGAGAUUGCGCAGUAAUAUGCUCGUAAUGUCAUUAAAAGCCUAGAUCGACUUAGUGAAGGAUAGUCAAUUCCCUCAAUUUGAUACAAAUGAGCGGUAAUACCAUAAUUGUUAUUAAAAUAUUCUUUCAGUGCCCUUAACGAUAUAUGUUUUCCUAAAUAAGCUAAAUUUGCUGAUACAUCGUCUGAUGCAUUGCGUAAUCCUUUAAAUAUAUUUACUUUUCUAUUGCAACAUUGACUUCAUUUAGCGAUUACAUAAGCAAAGUCAUUUGUUGAACGAGUAUAGAUCUUCAGCAAAAUUUCUAAUCAAGGAUCUCUCAUCAGAAAAGCAGGAUAAAGGCCUUUCUGAGGUAAAACAUGGUUGUCAAAGUCGACGGAAAGUUAGAAACAAAAUUCGUCGACGGACUAGAUGAGAGGCUCAAAUGCCCGAUCUGCAAAAGCAUUUUCGAUGAGCCCUGGCAAACGUCAUGUGGACAUCGCUUUUGUGGAAACUGUCUGGAACUCCUUUUGGGAUCAGAAAACGCAAGAUGUCCGAUAGACAACGAGCCACUUUCAAGGGAGCAAUCUUUCAGGGAUAAAUGCUGUGAAAGAGAAGUUCUUGGUGUGCAGUGUUUCUGCCGAUUUAAUGACAAAGGAUGUGAAUGGAAAGGAGAGCUCAGACAACUGGAGUUACACAAUUUUAGCUGUCAGUACGGUGAUGUGAAAUGUCAAGCCUGUGAUGAAACUGUGGAGAGAAGAUACCUCAAUAUGCACAGGAAUCGUGAUUGUAUCAACAGGGAUGAGGCAUGUACUUACUGUGGUGGUGAAGUUCGGCAUAGCAAAAUGAAGGAACAUUUGAAUGUCUGCCUUAAGUUUCCAAUCGGCUGCAUCUUAAACUGUGGUGAAGAAUGUAUUCCAAGAGACAUGAUGGAGGAACACUUGACCGCACGUUGUCUUAAGGCAGAACAUAUGUGUCCUUUCAGUGUUCAUGGUUGUGCAUUUCAGGGCACUAAACAAAUAAUCGAUCAACACGUUGCCGACGGUAUUGAGUCUCACUUGGAAAUGAUGAACCUCUCCAGUCAUAAAUGUGCCGAGAUAACAAAACAAAUGGAAGAGAAGAUAUGUCGUCUAGAAAAAGAAAAAAGUGCUUUGGAAAAGCAACUUCAAAAUCAAGCAGAACAGGCAGCAGCUGCAAGACAAAACAUACAAACGCAACAGACAAAAUUGUCCCACGUAGAAAAUUACAUUCUCGAACUAAAGAGGACAGCUGAGAAACUGCUUGCUGAUUUGAGAGUUUUUGAGGCAUCUAGAACAAUAGAGGAUUUUGUCUCGUCUCAGAUGGAAGAAAUAAUGAAAACGCUGCGAGAGCAUGAGAAGGAGGUGAACAGUCUUCAGGGUGAAGUGGCCCGUUUGAAGUUAUCCCCCGCCACGCCGAAAGGUGCGAGUGAUUACCAAACAAACCAAGGUGUGGGUCUCGCAAGUGAGUAUGAGCGCCGACUAGACAGGAAUGAGCACCAACUGGCAUUACACGACAUUCAACUGUCCGAUCAAGAUAUGCAGAUUCAAAUGCUGGAAGCUACGUCGUAUAAUGGUACCUACAUAUGGAAAAUCGACCGCUACAGCCUUCGCUUCCAAGAGGCUGUUGCUGGAAAGACUCUAUCUAUUUACAGUCCUCCUUUCUAUGUAGGUCGAUUUGGGUAUAAAGUUUGUGCUCGUCUUUACCCCAAUGGAGACGGAAUUGGAAACGGAACGCAUAUGUCAAUAUUCUUUGUUGUCAUGAGGGGUGAAUACGAUGCUUUAUUACCUUGGCCGUUUCUCCAAAAAGUCCACUUUCGACUAAUAGACCAAGACAGGAUCCGGGACGUGAAUGAUGCGUUUCGCCCUGAGCCUAACAGCUCAAGCUUUAAAAGACCCACAUCAGACAUGAACAUAGCAUCUGGCUGCCCGACUUUCAUUUCUCAUAUGGAACUGAGACAAGGUGGCUAUAUCCGGAACGAUACUAUGUAUAUCAAAAUAAAAGUUGAUACCUGUGGUCUGCGAGGAGAUGCGUGGCAAUAAGAUGUCUGCCUGAUGUAGCAUUCCAUUUCUCCUAGAGAGUCUGGAGUAAGCAAAAUCCCGGAAAAUUAUUAUUUUAAUUGUGAGGAGGGUGUUUCCACAAUAACCAACCUAUUUACGUCGUAAGUUUGAUUAAGUUCUCUAAAUCUUGUGCAAGGUUUGCACUUCGUGGUUUGUUGCUUUUCGACUCUUCUUAGAAUUUUGUUCUCUCAACUCUCAGAUACCAGGCUCACGUGACAUCUAUUAUGUAUUUUGGUAGGUUUUAGUUGACCAUCACAUAACUUUGCCUUUUAAAAGGUAAGGAAAGUACAUUUCAGCUUCAAGUUGGAAACUUUCGGUACGUUCGACGACGAAUGCAAAAUGUUCAAAUAUAGGAUAUUUAUUUUUAAUGGUUUCUAACAUAUUUAGCAUCUUGUAACUCUUUUACAAACCUAACUUUUAAAAUAAGGAUGUUUAGUUCAUUGUUGAACGUGUGGUUGAAAACUUUAAUUUAGUUCAAUGAACGAAUAAGCAUAGCUCAGGCAAGUCCAAAAAUAGCUAGAAAAAAUAAGAUAUUUAAAAAUGAACUCCUAAGACAUAAGACAGUGUAUUAAAAUACAGAAACAAAAUUGAAAAAAACAGAGUAAAUUAUUUUUACCUUGAAAUAUUUAAAACAUUAUUGAUCGCGACAGAAGCCAAAAUGACAUAUUUUCGAAUGGGGAAAUGAGGGAUUAUCCAAUUUCAAACCAUUUGCAUCGACGAAGAAGGUCGAAAUUUCAGAAAGAAUAGAUAAUGUAGAGAUAUAAAAGCUUGCUCUUUUUAGGAAAAAAAAUAUUUUAAUUAGGAGAUCAAAUUGGUCUCAAAAAAAUAAUUUUUUAACUUUGAACAACAUAUGUUAAUGUAGCUCUGGCAGAAGCAAAUAUAGCAUUAUUUAUAAAUUCAUAUGGGAUGCUGGUGAUAAGUGAUGAAAUACAAAUAAAUCAUUUUUGGAGAA